CUGGCGGUCGCUUCCCGCCCUGCCUGGAGCCGGGCCCCGCGCGGGGCAGGCUGGGACCUGUGGUCCGGGACGGGAGGCGGCGCGCGGCGGGAUGGGGGGCGGCUCUGGGCUGCUCCGGCUCCUGCUGCUGCUGGGGACCGCGGGCUCGGCCGCCCCCUGGGACCUGCGCGCCCUGCGCUGCAGCUUCUCGGCCGCCUGCGAGUGCGACUUCCGGCCCGACGUGCGCGGUCUGGAGUGUGACUUGGCCCUGAACCUCGUUGGGCAGCACCUAGUGAGGCAAUUGGUGGUGAAAGGAGUGAAAGAGUUUUUACAGAAUCAUGAUCCUGUCAAACCUCUGGUGAUGUCCUUCCAUGGCUGGACUGGCACAGGCAAAACCUACGUGAGCUCCAUGCUGGUCCGCUACUUGUUCCAAGAUGGGCUCCGCAGUCCAUAUGUCCACCAGUUCUCCCCAAUAGUGCACUUUCCCCACGCUGAACAGAUCGAGCAGUACAAGGAAAAUCUGAAGAGUUGGAUCCAGGGGAAUUUGACAAACUGUGGCCGAUCCGUGUUUCUCUUUGAUGAGAUGGAUAAGAUGCACCCAGGUCUGAUCGAUGUGAUUAUACCAUUCCUUGGACCCUCCUGGGUUGUGUAUGGAACCAACUACAGAAAAGCGAUCUUCAUUUUCAUAAGCAACGGAGGAGGUGAACAAAUUAAUCGAAUGGUGCUGGAUCUCUGGUAUGCCCGCAAGGACCGGGAAGAGAUCAGCCUGCAAGAUCUGGAAUCUGCAGUUUCAGAAGCUGUGUUUGAAAAUCCCAAUAAUGGGUUUUGGAAGUCUGGAAUCAUCGAGGAGCACCUCAUUGAUCUCCUUGUGCCCUUUCUCCCACUGAAGCAACACCACGUGAAACAGUGUGUGGUGAAUGAACUCACCCAGCAAGGCUUAACGGUACACCAGGACAUCAUUCAGGCAGUUGCUGACAGCAUCCCCUACUUCCCAGAGGAGGAGAGAGUGUUCUCAUCAACAGGCUGCAAAACGGUGGCCUCUCGCGUCACCUUCUUCUCCUAACCUGAGAGAAGGACUCUUUCUCCAAGGUAGCGCACAGUUGAGGAGCUGGUAAGCAGUCCUUGGAGGAUAAGUUUACCCAUAUACUUGCUCAGAUUCAGAGGAGCAGAGUUUAAGAAUACUUAAAGUUGCUGUGCCCAAUACAACAGGGAUGACCAUGAAGAGCAACAGAUUGUGGAACUCUGAUAGGACAAGUGCAGCCUCCAGCCCUCAGGCAGAGACUGCCGGAUGCAGUCUUGGGAACAAAGGGCACACUGACCUGAUUCUAAGCACUUUAUCAAUCUGUUCUUUGCCCUGAUGGAGGGUGAACACAGAACAGCCACGAAUACCACCGUGAUGUGUAUGUGGAGUCCAAAGGGGAAGAGGCUGGGAUGUAUCAGUGGCUGGGAAGGGUUCUUGGCUACUGCCACCUCCCUUUGAUAGCUGGAACUGUGCAGAUCUUCCCCGUUACUCUCUGGGCAGCUGUCAAGAUUCUCUGGCCUAGCUCCAAUGAAUGAUCUUCCCCAGGCUGCAGACAAGGGAGUCUCACCCUCUAGUGCUUUUUUAAUGGCAUUUUUAAACAUGUAUUUUAAUGUGAAUCUCAGUAUGAAGGCCCCAAUGUCCUAGAGCCUGCCACACUGCCCUGUGAACAUUCUAAACAGAUUGACCAGAGUCUCAUCUUAAAUCUCUGGGGUAAAUGUUAAGAACCAACUUUUCUCAGGUUUUCUUUCACUGUGAAUAGGUACUCAUAGGUAAGAUUCCAACUGCAGUAUCCCUGAGUGCAUUAGCAUAAGGGGGAAAGGAGUGUGUGAUUUCUGCUACCAGCUUUGCCCAUGACUUGGGGUGUGACCUUGAGCCAGGCCCUUAGCCUCCCUGGACAUUUCUUCACCACAGAAUACCAGGUCACUCCCUUUGAUUCAAUGGCAAUUACUUGCAUCCUGCCAGGGAAGAAUUAGGAGCCACCCAUGUCAGUCUUUCCAGAUAUAAAAAUGGUGAUUCCUACCUCGCAGGGAGACUAGGCAUUAACUAAUAGUUUUAAGUACCAGGUAUUGGUCUUGUGCGGUAUUACAUUGCUGGGAUGAGUGUGUCCCAGCUGAGGUGUUGAGCUCUUGCACCUCUUGCAUAUUAUAUAUUGGAGGUUGUCGUUCUGGUAGGACACUGCUGGGAACCUGUUGUCCCGGUAGAGCCAGUUUCCAUUCCAAUUCAGUGUCUCAGAUGCAGCUUACUGUAUCACAAUUAAAUGCUGCUGGGGGUUGGAAAUAAUUCAUAGGAAUCUCCUUCCUGAAGCUCUGCUAUCACUGACCAGCACAGCACUCUUUGCCCUUUCACUGCGUAGCAGCUGGCUCCCCAGCAUCCAGUAAGAGGAAACAGUGUGAGCUCCAUCUGAGCAAACAGAUUUGGGUCAAGGCAAAAAGUGCUCCAGGAACUCUCAGGCCAGUUGCUGCAGGAAGGUCUCUUCAGUAUAGCAUUAGAGCAACCUACAGUCUGGUUGAGAAGGAGCCAGUGCUAUUACCUCUGUUCCUAUCCUGCCCAGGAUAGAGUUGGACCAAGAUACAGAUUUACAGUCAAACAUUCUGCCUCCUCCAAACUGUUCAUUGUUUUUCAUUUAAAAUAAAUCUGUUGAAAAACCA